UCGGCUCUUCCCCUAAAGGUGGAGAGUGGGAUUCGGGCUGGACACGCUGGGAGCAGGUGAAGAAGCAUCGGGCUCCCGCUCCGCUUUCUCUUCUGGUGGGUCUGAGUCAAGAGAAAAGGACAAAGAUUGUUGCUCGGCCUCCUGAGCUUCAGAGAACUGUUGCCCCGGACCCAGGCACUUUGUCCUAUCUCAUCUCCCCCCUGGCACAUCUGCAGCCGCGUGCAUCUAUCUGCUGGUGCUCAAGGCUCCGGGAAGGGGUGGACCGGGGACACCUCAGGUGCUGGCGAGCGCCCAGCUGGCGCAGCGAGGGAGCUGUCCUCGGUGCUGAAGCUUUCCGCCAACACAAGGGGAGUUCAGUUGCACGUUUUCGCUUCAGGUUCUCUCCGGCCCAUGCCUUGGAUAAAAUUCAUUGCAGAAUCCUAAAGAUCUCGACGUAUCAUGGCCCAAGUGAGACACAUUCGAACGUUAGUUUCGGGAUUUUACUUCUGGGAAGCGGCACUGUUACUCAGUUUGGUUGCUACAAAAGAAACCGAUAGUGCGAGAUCCCGAAGUGCUCCAAUGUCACCUUCUGACUUCUUGGAUAAGCUGAUGGGAAGGACAUCUGGAUAUGAUGCAAGAAUCAGACCCAAUUUUAAAGGUCCUCCAGUCAAUGUCACAUGCAACAUAUUUAUAAACAGCUUUGGUUCCAUCGCUGAGACAACCAUGGAUUAUAGAGUGAACAUCUUUCUUCGUCAGAAAUGGAAUGACCCUCGUCUGGCCUACAGUGAAUACCCCGAUGACUCUUUAGAUCUGGACCCAUCUAUGUUGGACUCCAUUUGGAAGCCAGACUUGUUCUUUGCCAAUGAAAAGGGAGCCAACUUUCAUGAAGUUACUACAGAUAACAAACUGUUGAGAAUUUUCAAGAAUGGAAAUGUUCUUUAUUCAAUUAGAUUGACAUUAACACUUUCCUGUCCAAUGGAUCUCAAGAAUUUUCCAAUGGAUGUACAAACAUGUAUAAUGCAACUUGAAAGCUUUGGGUAUACAAUGAAUGACCUCAUUUUUGAAUGGCAAGAUGAGGCUCCUGUACAAGUGGCAGAAGGACUUACUCUGCCCCAGUUUCUAUUGAAAGAAGAGAAAGACUUACGAUACUGCACUAAACAUUACAACACAGGAAAGUUUACAUGUAUAGAAGUGCGGUUCCAUCUGGAGCGACAAAUGGGAUACUAUCUGAUUCAGAUGUACAUCCCCAGUCUCCUGAUCGUUAUUCUGUCCUGGGUUUCAUUCUGGAUCAAUAUGGAUGCUGCGCCUGCCAGAGUAGCUUUGGGAAUAACCACUGUACUGACCAUGACCACACAGAGUUCAGGAUCACGAGCUUCCUUACCAAAGGUUUCUUAUGUCAAAGCUAUUGACAUUUGGAUGGCAGUAUGCCUCCUUUUCGUGUUUUCAGCACUUCUGGAAUAUGCAGCUGUCAAUUUUGUUUCAAGACAACAUAAAGAACUUCUGAGAUUUCGACGAAAGAGAAAGAAUAAAACAGAAGCUUUUGCAUUGGAGAAGUUUUACCGUUUCUCAGACACGGAUGAUGAGGUAAGGGAAAGUCGAUUCAGCUUCACAGCUUAUGGAAUGGGACCGUGUCUGCAAGCAAAGGAUGGUGUGACCCCAAAAGGCCCCAACCAUCCUGUCCAGGUAAUGCCAAAAAGCCCAGAGGAAAUGAGAAAAGUUUUUGUCGACCGAGCCAAGAAGAUUGACACCAUUUCUCGAGCCUGUUUCCCGUUAGCUUUUUUGAUUUUUAAUAUUUUCUACUGGGUUAUCUAUAAAAUUCUUAGGCAUGAAGAUAUUCAUCAGCAGUAAGAUUAAGUCUCUGGAAGCAAGCAAAAGUGAAAGGUCAAUUCAGAAGGAUUUUCUUUGCCAUAGGUAUG